CUGAAAUAAUGUAAGAAGUGAAAAUACGUAAAAAAUUUCCAGUGUAUAAAAAAGGCAAAUUAAUUUUUUCGGAAGAUACACGUAAAUUGAAAUGGAAGAUUCUUUCGUAAACACACUCUUAACAUUAUAUAAAGUGGAAAAAUGGAAGGAAAUAUUGAAGCUAAAUGAAAAUUCUGAUAACCUAAAUGCUUUAAAGUUAUUAUGGGUAUGGCCAGAAGAGAAAAAUUUUAAAUUUAUCAAAAAUUUAGUAAAAGAUCUUGGAUACAAAGGCAUUUUAUCUCUAGGAUGCGGAUGUGGCUUACUAGAAUGGUUAAUUAAUCAGUCGACAGGAUUGCCAGUACUGGGCUAUGAAAUAAAUCGAGAAUGGUGGGAAAGUAAAUACUCCAGUUUCAAAUUUAUCAAAUUGAAUUAUAUUAACCAACUCAACGAAAAUUCCUUGGAUCCGAAUUAUGCGUUAUUAUUCUGUUACUUCAAUAAUAAAAAAUCGUUUCAAGAUUACGUAAAUAAUUAUAAAGGACAUUUAAUUUUUAUUAUUGGACCUGGAUGUGAUGUCCCCAGGCACACAGAGCCGCAACCAUUUUCUGCAGAUUUUGGUACCACGGAUUGGCAUUUAUAUUGUUACCAAGAAGUUAAAACUACAGGUGAUUUUAUUGCCGCCUUUAUAAGGGAGGAAAAAUAGAAAAAGUAAAUCGAUAUGUAUUGAAUUGAAAUUAUUAGACGAGAUAUUCAUCAAA